AUGGUUUCUUGCGUCAUAGCGCGAGCUCAGGCGUUGGCCUGGGUGCUAGUUCUGGUGAUGGUGGAGGCAGAGGUACAGGAGAACUACUCACCUGCAUGCCGUGAGUUCAUGUACAUGGGCACACCACCACUGGGACUUGAGGACAAAGCACUACAGAAGAUUUGCCAGCGCUACAACGGCAAGCCACGUUUUGUCACCCUGUAUGAUACCUUUGACCACAUCCCCGUCUACUCUGCCUACACCUUCAAGCGCUCUGACGGCACCAAAAAGGUUGAUGUGCCCUGGAUGUACGAGCCACAGCUCUCCACAGUGUCUGAUUUUGGGGAGAUGCAGCCCUUUCCUCAAGGAGACCUCCAUCGCAGUUUUGAGGAUGCCCAAGCGGUGCUGGAAGACUACUCCAACACAGUGAACUUUGAGCGUGGCCACCUGAACCCUGACGAGCAUCAGUCUGACCCCAACGACAAGGCAGCCACCUACACCCUGACCAACGUGGUCCCUCAGGUCCGGGAGUUCAACAUCGGCCCCUGGAAGACCCACGAGCACACCAUACGCCGCCGCCUCAACAACUACUGCCGCGGCACUGCCUACAUGGUCACUGGUGUCACCACCUCCGGGAACAUGAUCCGCCGCCACAACAUUGACCGUGUGGCCGUUCCCACCUACCUGUGGUCAGCUUACUGCUGCAUCGACUACGACCGCAACGCGCCCUUUGAGGAGCGCACCAAGUUCCCAGCCUAUGCGGCCCACGGUCUCAAUGAGAAAGAGAGGCCUGAGGUGCUGGAGAUGUCUGUUCAACAGCUGGAGAACUUCCUCAAGAGUGUCACCUUUGUGGACAAGACCUUUCAGAUCUUCUAUGAUAAUUGUGUAUCACCUGAUAAUGGCCUGCACAUGACUUGA